AUGGCACCCGUGCCUAUGCCCUCAGCUCUCAGCUUCGAGCUGCUGGGAAAAUGCUCCAUCACGAAAGCCCGCGCUGCAACACUCCACCUUCCCCAUGGCCCCGUCCCGCUGCCCAUCUUCAUGCCCGUCGCUACACAAGCGUCCCUCAAAGGGCUGACCCCGGAGCAACUUGAAGAGCAAGGAUGUAGACUCUGCCUCAACAACACGUACCAUCUAGGUCUUAAGCCAGGCCAGGCGACGCUGGAUGCGAUAGGCGGCGCGCACAAGUUCCAGUCGUGGCCGCACAACAUACUCACAGAUAGCGGUGGUUUCCAGAUGGUCUCGCUGCUCAAGCUCGCACAAGUCACGGAGGAAGGCGUGCGGUUCCUCAGUCCGCACGACGGAUCGCCAAUGCUCCUUACCCCAGAGCACUCGAUAUCGCUCCAAAACUCCAUCGGCUCAGACAUUAUAAUGCAGCUCGAUGAUGUGAUAGUGACGACUUCACCUGACCUGGCAAGGAUGAAGGAAGCCAUGGAGCGCUCGGUACGAUGGCUCGACAGGUGCAUCCAGGAGCACAAGUACCCAGACAGGCAGAAUCUGUUUUGCAUCAUACAAGGCGGCCUAGAUCUGGACCUGCGGCGAGAAUGCACGGCUGAGAUGGUGGCGAGAGAUACACCUGGUAUCGCUAUUGGAGGUCUGUCGGGCGGCGAAGCGAAAGACGAGUACUGCAAAGUCGUGGACACAUGUACAGGGUUGCUGCCUGAGAAGAAGCCUCGUUAUGUCAUGGGCGUGGGUUACCCUGAGGACUUGGUGGUUUCCGUCGCUCUAGGAGCAGACAUGUUUGACUGCGUCUGGCCUACACGAACAGCUCGCUUCGGCAACGCUAUCACUGCCCGUGGGGUACUCAACCUGCGCAACGCAGUCUACUCAACAGACUUUGGCCCCAUCGAAGAAGGCUGCCAAUGCACCUGCUGCCGAUCUACAGACGACGGCGGCUUGGGCAUUACGCGUGCGUACAUCUACCACGUCACUGCGAAAGAGACUGCCGGAGCCCAUUUGCUCACCAUGCACAACGUCCACUACCAGCUCAAUCUCAUGAGACUGAUACGCGAGGCUAUCCUUGAGGACCGGUAUCCAGCUUUCUUGCGGAUCUUCUUUGCCAAGCUGUACGACGACAAGAGCAAAUAUCCCGCCUGGGCAGUAGGCGCUUUGAAGGGUGUCGGUGUAGAUUUAGUAAGUGACUAG